AUGAUGAACCUUUCAAGAAAGCAACCACACCAUCCUUUUCACUUAAAACCACCCAUUAUUUGUUUGCACCGUCAAAACCCAGAUAACACCAUCAUUCACAACCUCAAAGAACCCAAAAUCCAGCUUAAAAAUCCCAUCUUGGUCACCCCAACUCAGGUUGUUUACAGAAAGGCCAAGAAAAACAGGGCCAAUGUGGAAAGGAGAGGCCUUCCCAAAUUGGGAAGCCAACAAAUGAUGAUUUUGUGUGGAUUUGGGUAUUGGGUGCAAGGCUUUAGGUGCUUUCCAUGGUUGGCUUUGAACUUUCACAUGGCUCACAAUCUUAAUAUGCACCCUUCAAUAUUGCAACUUGUGCAACAUUCUGGUAAUCUUCCCAUGGUGGCCAAGCCCUUGUAUGGACUCCUCUCUGAUGCUCUUUACAUUGGUGGUGCUCAUCGAAUUCCUUAUGUUUCCAUUGGAGUUCUUCUACAGGUCCUGUCUUGGGGAUCACUAGCACUGGUUCCAGUUGCUGCAAAGGCCCUUCCCACCAUUAUGGCGUGUGUUCUCCUCAGUAAUCUUGGAGCAUCAAUUACAGAAGUAGCAAAGGAUGCUCUUGUUGCAGAAUAUGGUCAGCAACACAGGAUGAAAGGCCUCCAGUCUUAUGCAUUCAUGGCAUUAGCGGCUGGUGGAAUCCUUGGGAACUUAUUAGGUGGAUAUUUCUUAAUGAAAGCACCACCACGGACCAUGUUUCUCCUAUUUUCGGUUUUACUUUCGGCUCAACUUGCAAUUUCUUCGUCAAUAAGAGAGGAUUCUCUUGGUUUACCACAGUUGUCAGAGCACAGUCUUGCUAGGAAACCAAUCUUGGAGAGUCUCAGGAAACAAUUAUCGGAUCUAAUGAUGGGAAUUCAAGAGCAAAGGAUUAUUCGUCCACUUACUUGGAUUGUAGCUUCUAUUGCCAUUGUCCCACUUCUGACAGGUUCCAUCUUUUGCUAUCAAACACAAUGUCUAAAUCUUGAUCCUUCAGUCAUUGGCAUGUCUCGGGUAAUUGGCCAGCUAAUGCUUCUUUCCACAACAGUACUUUACGACCGUUAUUGGAAACGAGUUCCAAUGAGGAAGUUGAUCGGUAUUGUGCAGUUUGUGUAUGCCUUUUCCCUCCUUCUCGACUUUAUUCUAGUAAGACAGAUCAAUCUGAGAGUGGGGAUUCCGAAUGAGGUUUUCGUUCUUUGUUUUUCUGGAUUAGCAGAAACAAUUGCACAGUUCAAGCUCUUACCUUUCUCUGUCUUAUUUGCCCACUUAUGUCCUCGAGGUUGUGAAGGAUCUCUCACUGCUUUCUUAGCUUCAGCCUUAAUUUUUUCAUCAAUAGUUAGCGGGUUUUUAGGUAUUGGAUUGGCUUCUCUGAUAGGAGUAACAGCUGGUGACUACUCAAGCCUGCCUUUGGGGAUACUGGUACAGUUUGUUGCAGCUUUACUUCCCUUGGGAUGGAUUCAUCAUUUACCCAUGUCAGAAACUAUUGUUGGGAAGGAGCGGAAGAAAAGUUUAAGCAGGAGGAGUCAGAAAAAUAGAAGGAUUGGCAGAGUGGUAUAUGAUUCAGUAUAUAUCUACAGACGAGAGAGAGAAUCUGAGGCAGAGAGUUGAAGAAUCAGAUUUCUUGCGGAUUAACAUAUCUUUUUGGGGAGCAAAGGGGUUUGAAAAAGAGAAGCAUAUACGGUAUUGCUAUAUAGAGAACCUUAAAGUUAGAGAUGAACAUGCCACUCACUCCUUUGGUUGCAGCAAAGGUAUUUUUGAUCGACAGACCGUUGUUCAUACCAUCCUUAACUUAGGAAGAGGCUCCAUCUCUGUUGCUGGUACGUAUGAUCAGACUAUGACAGAGAAAUGGCUACCUCAUGUUAAAUGGAGCUGAAUUUUGAAAAAGGUAAUCAGAUGGAUGUAAUUGAGCUUUUGUUCCAGAAAUCAGCAAUUCAGAUGCCAUCACGCAUGAGCUGUUCGAUCAUGUAUAUUAGUGGUACUUUCUCAUAGAUUAGUGGAAUGAGGUAACUGUUUAGUUGAUCUUACUCUGUAUGGUGUGCUUGCCUAAAGAAGAAAAAUAAAAACUCUAAAUUUUGGGGCAUCUACCAGUAUAUAUUGGAGAUAAGGGUUAGGCGUACUCUGGCCACUCACUUCCCUUUCACGAUUUACAUUAACAAGCAAAUCAGAUGGAGGAAGGAAAAUGCAUGUUGCGCUAGAAGUUUCAGAAAAUUGAACUUAAUAAUUAAUGAGAUAUGAAAAUAAAUAUAUGAUGCUAGCAGAAAACUGAUAUUCUAUUCAUCUUUAAUCUCUCAGUAAUAGAAUUUUGAUUAAAAAUUAGGGAAAAUGAAA